AUGUACACUUUUUACAGAGGCACCAUCGAGAGCAUCCUGUCGAGCUGCAUCACUGUGUGGUUUGGAGCCUGCAAUGCGUCCUGUCAUAGAACCCUCCAACGCAUAGACAUUUACAGCACCCGUCUCACUAAAAAAGCCCUUUGCAUAGCGGCUGAUCCCACGCACCCAAUGCAAAGCUUCUUCAAGCUGCUGCCGUCAGGGAGGAGACUGCGGAGUCUCCAGGCCAGGACCAGCAGACUGAAGGACAGCUUCAUCCAUCAGGCUACAAUACUGCUUAUCCAGAGUCCAGAGCCCUACCUGAGGAAAAACCAAGACACGGGCUCUGCUAUCGUGGUGGAAAAUGCAACACUUUCUUGGUCCGAACUUCACAGGCGGUCAGGCCCUGUGUCUAGCUCAGAAGAAAGUGAGACAGAACAAAUGAUGAAUGAGACAUCUCUGAAUUCAACAACUGAAACCUUACCAACUCUCAGACACAUCUCCUUCACACUUCCUAAGGGAAACCUGCUUGGUAUCUGUGGGAAUGUGGGGAGCGGAAAAACAUCACUGAUUUCCAGCAUUUUGGAACAGAUGUACCUCCUUGAAGGCUCCAUCACAGCUGAUGGGACAUUUGCCUAUGUUUCCCAGCAGCCUUGGAUUUUCCAUGGAUCUGUUCAAGAAAAUAUCCUUAUGGGGCAACCUUUUGAUCAGUCAAAAUAUGACAGAGUUGUGCAUGCUUGUAGCCUCAGAGAAGACCUGAAAACCCUGCCAGGUGGUGAUCAGACUGAGAUUGGAGAGCGUGGGCUGAAUCUGUCAGGAGGACAGAAACAAAGGAUCAGUCUGGCCAGAGCCAUCUACUCCAACAGGGACAUCUUCCUCCUUGAUGAUCCGCUAUCUGCUGUCGAUGCUCAUGUAGGGAAACACAUAUUUGAAGAAUGCAUAAAGAAGGAGCUCCAAGGCAAAUCCAUCAUACUGAUUACACACCAGCUCCAGUAUUUGGAGUUCUGUGAUGACAUCUUGGUUCUGGAGGAUGGUGAGGUUCAAGAGACUGGAAACCAUCAAGCCCUGAUGAAUGCAAAUGGGCGCUAUGCUCAACUCAUCAGCAACUACCAGAUGGAAGAGUCUAAAAAGCAGAUGGAAGAUGAAGUGAUGUCCCUGGAUCCUGCCAACUUGAAUGAAUCUGAGCUCAGACCUGGUGAAGAUGUUGGAAUGAUGAACAACGCUGUCGUCACACCCCGUGAUCAGCUGGUCAGUCAGGAGUCUACCGCUGAAGGCAGAGUCUCUUGGAGAAUCUAUCAGAAGUACUGCCUGGCAGCUGGAGGAUAUAUUGUCUCCUUCUUCACGGUCCUAAACAUUUUCACGAUAGUUGGUACUACAGUCUUUAGUAACUGGUGGCUCAGUUUCUGGCUAAAUCAGGGUGAUGGGUCACCCAGUAACACAAGCAGCAAUGCAACUUUCAUGCAGGGUGACAUCUCUCAGAAUCCACAACUGCACUUCUACCAAUUAAUUUAUGGCAUGACUGUGAUCAUCACUGCACUGUUUGCUACCAUCAAAGCCUUCGUUUACACUAAUGUCACCUUGAAUGCUUCCUGCAAACUCCAUGACACAAUGUAUAAGAAGAUUAUUGAUAGUCCGAUGAGUUUCUUUGACACGACUCCAUCGGGCCAAAUUCUAAAUCGUUUCUCUAAAGAUCAAGAGGAUGUGGACGUUGAGAUUCCCCUCCACGUGGCUGUUUUCUUGCAGUAUUCUCUACUCAUCCUGUACACCAUAAUGAACAUUGUGGCUGUCUUUCCCACCCUGAUGGUAGCUGUGGUUAUAAUGGGAGUCCUGUUUAUCCUGCUCCUCUUCGUAUUGAAUAGGAGCACAUGUCAAAUAAAGAAGAUGGAGAACAUCAGUCGCUCACCAUGGAUCUCUCACACCACCUCUUCCCUGCAGGGCCUCAGCACUAUCCAUGCCUACAAAAUAAGAGACAAACACAUAGAACAGUUCAACUACCUGAAUGACAUCAACUCCAAUUACUGUUACCUGUUUUCCUCUGCCAUGUGUCUGCUGACUUUCUGGCUGGAUUUCAUGGCUACUGUGAUGUUCACAUUGGUGGCUCUAUUUGUAGUGUUCAGCAGUAAUGAAGUAAUCAGUCCAAACAGGAAAGCCCUGGCCUUAUCCUACAGCAUGCUGUUGACAAUCGUACUUCGGGGUGUUAUAAAACGGUCACUGGAAGUGGAGGCAAGAUUCAACUCGGUGGAGCGAAUCGAGGAAUACAUCAAGGAUUGUAAGUCUGAGGCUCCCAGGCACGUAAAGGAGGCUCAGAUCCCACAGGACUGGCCUAGCAGUGGGGGCAUCACCUUCAAAGACUAUAAGAUGAGGUAUAGAGAGAAUACACCAAUCGUCCUGAAUGGUCUUGAUUUCUUCAUCCGCCCUGGAGAAAAGCUGGGCAUUGUGGGAAGGACUGGCUCUGGGAAAUCCUCUUUAGGAGUAGCUCUAUUUAGACUUGUGGAGCCUGCAGCAGGAACCAUACUGAUAGAUGGGGUGGACAUCAUGUCCAUUGGCCUGCAAGACCUCCGAAGCAAAUUGUCUGUGAUUCCUCAGGACCCUGUGCUAUUUGUUGGUACAGUCAGGUACAACUUGGAUCCAUUCAAUAAGUCCACUGAUGAGGAGAUCUGGACAGCACUGGAGAGGAGCUACAUGAAGGACUCGAUCCUCAGCCUGGAGGGAAAGCUACAAGCACAGGUGUUGGAGAAUGGAGAAAACUUCUCUGUAGGCGAGAGACAGCUGAUCUGUAUGGCUAGAGCUCUACUCCGCAACUCCAAGAUCAUUCUUUUGGAUGAAGCCACAGCCUCCACAGAUCCAGAAACGGAUGUUCUGAUCCAAAAGACAAUCAAAAAGGCCUUUCAAGACAGCACUGUGCUCAUCAUAGCACAUCGCAUCAACACAGUGAUGAAUGCAGAUCGUAUUCUAGUCAUGGACAAUGGACAGGUGGCAGAAUUGGACCACCCAGAUGUCCUGAAGCAAAGGCCAGGGUCUCUGUUCUCUUCUCUCUUGGCUGCUUCUAAAACAAUGAAGAGAUGAACCGGUGUAAAGCUGUGAUAUCAAAUAAGCACAGUAAUCCCUGUAAUGUGAUACAUUUACACAACAUAUUUUAAUGUUAAUGAAAAGGCAGUGUAACCUUUUUAUAAUUUUGAUCAGUCACAAACAUAUUGGAGUAUGUUGUCCUGUCCCACAGACUUGGCUGCUAUUUAGUUUUCGCUUGUUUAGUUCUGUUUUAUUAGGUUUAAGCAGCAAAGCUUUUUUAAGCUUGAUCAUCAAGCUAACUAUUAGGUUCACGUUUAGGUUAAAAUGUACUUUCACAUUAUAAAACACAUGUUACUAGUAUUCACAUGCACUAUACACAGUUGUCUGAUGGCUCUGAAAUAACAUUGCUCUGUUUAUUACCAAUAACUACUGAUGAUGCUGCCUUAUUUGAAUGACAAGAAGGCAGAGGAGGGUACACAAUGGUGAGAAAUGAUGAGUAUUCACUUAUCAGUAUUGUAUUAUUUCACCUAGAUAAGCGGGAUGUGUUUUUGUUUUUCAACCUUGAAGUUUUUAUAAAUAGUGCAUUUUACUUUUUACUUAAAUGCAUGUUGAAUGUUUCAUGGCUUUAAACAGAAGUGAACACGAGUGUUUUGAUGUAAGUUUUGAAUCUAUUGUGUAAGUAGGGACGACUGACUUAAAAAAAAAAAAAAAGCGUGGUGAGGGUGAGGGCUAACCUAAUAGUUACAUAGGUUUUUAGGUUUAAUUUAAAAUCAUAAUUAGCUGAUGUAGUAGCAGACACAAGCUCACAAGAGCCUUAAAAGAACCUUUUGAUGGGCAUAUAAAAGAUUUUUUUUUUCUUAUUUUAAAUUAAUUUCAGCUGUUGACUGGUUAAAAAGUGCCACAAACUGACCCACAUUAAGAGGAUGUGUAGCAGGUGAAACUGCUGUAAACUAGGGCAAAAUGUUUACUGCCACACAUAUUAAUAGAUGCCUUUUCUUAAAAUUGAAGAGCUUAAAAAUCAUUCAUUUUAAUAGAGGGUUAUUUGGAACUUUGAGUUGUAUGUUGUUGGAAAAUGUAUCAAAAAUGAAAUUAUAAUUAAUAAAAAGUCAUCAGAACUUGUCUUUCAAUUAAGCGGAGGUCAGAUGGUUAUAAAAGAAGUAAAACUUCAGUGAAAGAAGCUCGAGUCAAGUGCACUUCAGCUGUCAUGUGGGGUAAGGACACACGAGGGCACUACAGGCUUCUAUACUCGUAUCCUUGAAGGACUGGGUUUCAUUUUUAAUAUGACUGAUCCUCCCUGGGCACAGACACAUGUUCUGAAAGAAAUGCUCUGUGAGGUUACCUUUUACCCACUGAACUUUAAAAAUAACUCAUCUCUCUGAAGAGAAACUACAAGCCUCUAAAUAUAUAAUAAUGUAUGGUUCAGUUAAAGGGUAUGAGUCUUUUUACAUCACUUAAUUGUAAAUAUCCACACCUGCUGAACAGAUUAGACUGGGCUUAAUAAUUCAUUGCAAGUUGUUGCAUUAAUAUUGGUUUAAAAAAUAAUUUGGUUUUCCUAAGCUACAUGGGAAGAUGUGCCAUUUUAUUGAA